CUCCCUCCUCCUCCCUCCUCCACCCUCCCGCUAUGCCGAGCAGACAGAAGCAGCUCCUCUUCUCGCUCUGCGGCCUCCUCGGCUUCUCCUGCGCGCUCACGGCCGCGGUGGCCGCCGGGCUUCCGUUCUGGCUCCGCGGGACCGUGCUAUGCCGGACCGGGGCCGACCUAGUCAACGCCACCGGACCGGAACUGGACAAGUUCUUGGGUCAGCUGAGCUACGGGCUUUUCCACGGAGAGAGGGUGAAGGCGUGCGGGCUGGGGGGGCGGCCGUCCCGCUUCUCAUUCUUCCCUGACCUGCUGAGCGCCGUCCCAUCCGGCCUCCACGUGUCCGUUAUCUUCUUCUGUGGUGUCGUCAUUCUCUUCUCGUCCGUGGCGACCGGCUUCUUCUUCUUCAACGCGUUUGGCCGUCCGUACGAGACGCUGCAAGGCCCCAUGGGACUUUACCUGUGGACCUUCAUAAGCUGUGUGUGCAGCUGUGUGGUGAUGAUCCUGUUCGUGUCUGAGGUGAAGCUGCAUCACCUGUCCGAUCGCAUCGUCAACUUCAACGAGGUCAACUUUGAGUUCCAGACUUACAGAGAGAACUACGACCGCUCCUUCUGGCUCUACGUCCUCGUCUUCUUCCUGCACGUCGCCAACCUCCUGCUGACACGCCUCGCCGGGGUCCGCCUCCCCUUCCACCAGAGUAAAGAGGCGGAGCUUGGUGGGGGAGCGGCCGACCUCAUGUACUGAUGACCUAAAGGACCACGAGACUGUGGAAGAAUCAACAAAAACAAUAAACGCAUCACUUCCUGUGUGGGAGGAGCUGAAACAUGCAUCACUUCCUGUGUGGGAGGAGGUGAAACAUGCAUCACUUCCUGUGUGGGAGGAGCUGAAACAUGCAUCACUUCCUGUGUGGGAGGAGGUGAAACAUGCAUUACUUCCUGUGUGGGAGGAGGUGAAACAUGCAUCACUUCCUGUGUGGGAGGAGCU